AUGAGCGAAUCGCUCAGGGAUACGUCUAUCGAGAUCUUGUCGCCUCCAAAACUUCAAACGCCGGGCCAAGGCUUUUUGAGUUUGCAGGAUCCCCACUGUUAUGGGAUGCAAGAAGUCCCAUCCGCUUCCCAGGAGAGAAAUCGCGUCGCUGCGAUACUUCGUAGUCGAAAUGAAAACAUGUUACAAAAAGGAUCCUCCACCCUUGAGACCGCAACGAUAGACUCUGGUGACGCGGAAACCUCACCACAACUCUUCGCCCACCUGGAGCAUGGUUUGGCCUACACGGUGGGCUCCGCGCUAGGAUCCACACCGCCUUCGACAGGGAGCUGCCUUUCCGCGUUUCUCGUGCCCAACAGCGCUAAGCUGACCGCAGGCGCAAGAGCCUGGUCGAAGCACUCGCACCGCUCGCAACCCGUCGACGAGACAGAGAAAGACAAGCGGAAACGUAGCACUGGAUGGUGGGGGACCCCUUCUGGACCUGUCGCCAUGAUCAACGAACGAGCGUUGGCGUUAUUCUGGAAAGUAAUGGAUUCUGCAACGUGGAGGAACUUGCACUGGCUUCCACAUCAAAUUUUGGUGUAUGAAGUGAGAGUGGCAGAAGGUUAUGGCAUGCGGUGGUCGCAAGACCAAAGUGAGGAGGCUAGGGAGUUGGAGGGAUUGUCAAAGGAGACUCGACCUUGGAUAUUUCGGGGUUUUGUGGAACCAAAGAUGGAAAAUGGACAUGAAGUUGGCUGGAAACAUCCUACUUGA